AUGAUCCAAGAUCGAUCGGCAAGGAUAAACAACGUCCUUGCCGCGUUUGAACAAGUCCGUCAAGAAAGCCAGUACAACUUGCUUCAAGCCCACAUGCGCAAAGUGUGCAAGGUCAAUAAGGCGGACGUAAAACAGGUACAACAAUGCAUGGGUGGAUUGACGUACCAUACUGAAGCCGUGCCGCCUGACGCUAACAUUCCCAGGCCGACGCUUGUUGAAAAGGACUGGGCCCCCAAUGAGCUAUUGGCCUUGGGGGCCAUAUUUAAGUAUCACAAGAUCGAAUUUUUGUAUGUCAAUAAGUAUGGGCACUCAAGACGUCCGUAUAUAUUCGGGGGGAAAAAACUUGAUGAAAUCAUGUUUAAAAUGUUUUAG